AUGGAUGAAUCGACAAAAACGAAACGUAAUCGGGCAGAGAAAAAAACCAAACAACAACAAAUAAAAGAAUCAGAAAUUAAAAGUAUUGAUAAUCAUGAAAACACUCUUCAUGAAGAUUCUCAAGAGCAGAAGAAAAUACGUGAACCAAAUAUAUCAACAGAAAGUCCUUUAACAAUAACAAUGUCUUCAAUUCCUAAUCAUCCUACGUCAACCGCUUCAUCCGUAUCUUCAUCAGCAAGUAAUCAAAAUUCUUCCAAUUCAAACAAAAAACAACAAGCUACAAAAAAUAAAUCAGCAACAUCAGAAGAAAAAACUGGUUUAGAAGCGAGUUCUGCCAAUGAUAUUUCAGAAAUCACUGAACGUGUUUCUAAUAUAACUAUUCAACAAAGUUCUAAAGGUCCACCAGCAUCGAUCCAACCAAAACCUCAAUUAACUCGUGGUGAACGUCGUGCUAUUCAAGAAGCUCAACGAGCAGCUAAACAAUCAAAACCAAAACCAGGUACACCUACUUCAAAAUCUAAUGAAACACAACAAGCUUCAGCAAAUAUAAAGAAAACAAGCACUGAUCAGUUUCCUACAUCAACUUUGUCAACACAUUUAUCAAUAUCUCAUCGACCUCAAUCUGAAGCUGGUGAAUCGACACUAUCAGUUAUUUCAAAGUCAGCAAGAUCAACAACUACUACUGCUACUGCUACUUCUACUACUGUACCUUCAAAUCAAUCUCAACAAAAACGUCAGCAGAAGUCUGAUGAUGCACGUGUAACACUUUUUGCGCAUCUUAUGAUUUAUACACGUAAUCUUGAACGACUUUCAAUGACAUCUGAAUCAAAAUCAGUACAUCCAGCUAUUAUUAAAUUAGGUUUACAAUAUGCAACAAGACAGACAGCAGGUUCUAAUUUACGAUGUGUAGCUUUUCUUGUUGCUAUUCAAAAAAUGCUUGAAGAUUAUGAGGGUCCAUCAGGUUCAAAUAAUUUAUCAACACUUGAUCCUGUGGAUCUAAAUACAAAAUUAAAAAUGAAUAUUAAUUUUCUUACAAAAUGUCGUCCAAAUGCUGUAACGAUGGGUACAGCUAUACGUUAUUUAAAAACUCAUAUUGAACGUAUACCACGUAAUAUAACUAAUGAAAAAGCUAAAGAAUUACUUAGUGAUGUUAUUAAAAGUUUUUUACGAGAAAAAAUUGAAUUAGCUGGUAUAGCUAUUGCUGAAACGUACGCUAUUACAAAAAUUACUAAUGGAGAUGUUAUUCUUAUAUUUGGAUAUUCCUCAUUAAUUAUGCGUAUUUUGGAAACAGCUAUUAAUCGUGGAAUUGAUUUUCGAGUAAUUAUUGUUGAUUCACGUCCGCAACAACAUGGUAUUAAAUCUGCCCGAAGAUUAUUAGCAUUAAAUGUUAAAUGUACUUAUAUACUUAUUAAUGCUGUGCCAUUUAUUAUUUCAGAAGUAACAAAAGUAUUAUUAGGUGCACAUGGCUUAUUAGGUAAUGGUUAUGUCAUGAGUCAAGUUGGUACAGCACAAAUAUCUCUUAUUGCUAAAACACAUAACGUACCUGUACUUGUUUGCUGUGAAACAUAUAAAUUUUGUGAACGUGUUCAAACUGACAGUUUCGUUUUUAAUGAACUUGGUGAUCCAAAUGAUUUAACUGCUGAUCAUCCACUUCUUCAUGCAGCUACGUCAUCUUCAUCAUCAACAGCACACACUUCUAAUUCAUCACAUUCAAAUUUAAAUAUUCUUAAUAUGACAUAUGACGUUACACCACCAACAUUUAUAAGUGCUGUUAUUACAGAAUUGGGCAUAUUACCCUGCACAUCAGUAGCUGUUGUUAUUCGUAUGCAAAAUAAACAAUUAGAUGAAAUAUGUGGACAAGAGCAACAAUCAAUGGCAACGACCACAACAACAACAUCAAAUAUUAAUAUUCUUUCUCCUCCUUCAGAACCUGUUCAAUAA